ACAAAGAGACUAUCGAUCUAGCAAAGAUGGCCAAGCUCGCUGCCCUCACUCUGCUUGCGUUGCUCGGUACCGUGUCGUGCCAAAGCGUCCCUGCUUCUGUUCCCAGCGCAAGCCCGCAGAGCCCAACCCCAACCGUCACCUAUCCACCAGGUGCGAGCCCUAGCCCGAGCCCGCUUGCUUAUCCUCCUACGCUUGAUGUAAGUGUACCAAGCCAUGGCUCGCCGGCUUAUCCUCCUGCUUCGAUGGCACCGAGCAGCGCGCCUACGUACCUGCCUAGCCCUAGUCCAAGCGUGUCAACCCAAACUCCGCCCACAUAUCCACCCCGCGCAAGCUCACCUGCUUAUCCUCGUAGCCCGAGCCCUAGCCAACACACAUUUUCGCCUCUGGCGACCCCUAGCCAGCCAUCAUAUCGUCCAAGCCCAAGCCCUCAGAGCCCGAGCCCUAGCCAACUAGCAUAUCCUCCCAGCCACAGUCCACGGAGCACGGACCCUGCCACCAAUUCUCCUAGCUCUAGCCCAAGCUCCCUCAGCCCAGUUCCAAGCCCACACACCAAUCCUCCUACCCCAACUCCGUCGUCUUAUCCUCCUAGCCCUAGCCCUAGCCCGAGUGCAUAUGGCCCUGCGCCUGCCGUUUAUCCUCCUACCUCAAACUCACCUAUUGAUUCUCCUAGCCCAAGUCCUGGACCUGAUUCUGGUCUCAGUGUCGACCACUACAGCACUUCCUGCCCAAAUGCGGAAGCAAUUGUCAGGGAAGCAGUGAAGAAGGCCAUCGACAGCAACCGCGGAACUGGCGCAGGGCUCAUCCGUCUCUUCUUCCAUGACUGCUUCGUCCGGGGGUGCGACGCUUCGGUACUCCUCAACACGACUGGCUCCGACGAAGCGACGGAGCGGCUCGGCAGGCCGAACCUGACCCUCCGCGGCUUCGAUGUCAUCGACGCGGCGAAGUCUACCCUGGAGGAGCUCUGCCCGGGCGUCGUCUCGUGUUCCGACAUCCUCGCCUUCGCCGGCCGCGAUGCCACAUACUUCCUCACCAACCUUACAGCAGACUUUGCCAUGCCGGCCGGCCGAUAUGACGGUCGAAUCUCCCUGGCCAACGAGACCGUCCCUAACCUGCCCGCACCCUUCUACGGAGUCCAGCAGCUCAACGACAGCUUCGCCGCCAAGGGGCUCAGCCUCGAGGACAUGGUCACCCUCUCCGGCGCGCACUCCGUCGGACGCUCCAGCUGCUCCUCCUUCUCCGACCGCCUAACGUCCAACUCCUCCGACAUGGACCCCGGGUACGCGGCGUAUCUGCGCAAGCAGUGCAGCGGGUAUGGCGGCAUGGCGGCGCAGGACUACAAGACGCCCGAUGAUCUGGACCGGGAGUACUACAGGGACGUUAUCAGCCAUGACGUGUUGCUCGGCUCCGACGCAGCGCUUAUGUCCUCGAACGAGACGGCCAAGAUGGUGAUGGAUAAUGCGUCUGUUCUUGGGUUGUGGGAGAGCAAGUUCGUGGCGGCCAUGGUGAAGAUGGGCGGCGUUGGGGCGAAGACCAGCGCCGACGGCGAGAUUCGGAAGAAGUGCUGGAUCAUCAACUAGUGCGGAGACUAAUUAGGUCGUUGAUCUUUGUCGUGAGCCGAUCUUAUGAAUUGGUUGGUGCCACAUUUCGGCACAUGCAUGCUGUAUUGCCGUUCGCAGGGAGUUGCCGAGUUGGUGAUACUUUUUGUUACGUUUCCAGUGCAUAUAUAGCUAAGAUAGGUUCAUAGUUCUUGUUGGAUUUAGUAAUUACUUUAUUUUU